AUGACCAGGGGUGCUUGGAUGUGUCGGCAGUAUGACGACGGGUUAAAAAUCUGGUUGGCGGCACCCCGGGAGAACGAGAAACCGUUCAUCGAUUCAGAGAGGGCUCAGAAAUGGCGACUGUCUCUGGCAUCUCUCUUGUUUUUCACAGUCCUGCUCUCUGAUCACUUGUGGUUCUGCGCCGAGGCCAAGCUGACCCGGACUCGGGACAAGGAGCAGCAGCAGCGGCAGCAGCGGCAGCGGCAGCAGCAGCAGCAGCGGCAGCGGCAGCAGGAGCCCUCCUGGCCCGCGCUCCUGGCGAGCAUGGGGGAGUCCUCGCCCGCCGCCCAGGCGCACAGACUCCUCGCCGCCUCCUCGUCCCCCACCCUGCCCCCCUCCCCGGGAGACGGCGGCGGCGGCAAGGGCAGCCGAGGCAGAAACAACCGGCGCAAGGCUCUUAUUCUGGGCAACUCUGCCAAGCCCGUGUGGCGCCUGGAGACCUGUUACCCCCAGGGCGCCUCCUCGGGCCAGUGCUUCACGGUGGAGAGCGCGGACGCCGUGUGCGCCAGGAACUGGAGUCGGGGGGUGGCGGCCACGGGGGAGGAGCAGCAGGUGAGGGGCACGCAUCCAACUCCGCUCUGGAACUUGUCGGAUUUUUACCUUUCAUUUUGUAAUUCCUACACACUUUGGGAGUUGUUCUCGGGGUUGUCCAGUCCCAACACUUUGAACUGUAGUCUGGAUGUGGUGCUCAAGGAGGGCGGUGAGAUGACCACUUGCAGGCAGUGCGUCGAGGCUUACCAAGACUACGACCACCACGCUCAGGAGAAAUACGAAGAGUUUGAAAGCGUGCUCCAUAAGUACUUACAAUCGGAGGAGUACUCGGUGAAAUCGUGUCCUGAGGACUGUAAGAUUGUCUACAAAGCCUGGCUGUGUUCCCAGUAUUUUGAAGUCGCACAGCUGAACUGCAGAAAGACAAUUCCUUGCAAGCAAUACUGUUUGGAGGUUCAGACGAGGUGUCCGUUCAUAUUGCCCGACAAUGAUGAAGUUAUCUACGGGGGACUCUCCAGUUUCAUCUGUACAGGGCUCUACGAAACCUUUCUAACCAAUGAUGAACCAGAAUGCUGUGACGUCAGGAGAGAGGCAAAAUCCAACACCCCCUCCAAGGGGACGGUGGACAGAGGCGGCUCCUGUCCCAGGACGUCGCUGCCAGCUUCAGCAGCGCCCAGGCUGGGCCCCGGCAGACUCAGACUGUGUGUCCUCAUGCUGAUGCUUCUUCACACAGUUCUCACGGCCUCGGCGGCGCAGAACGCCACGGCGCUGGGCGUCGGGGGCGUCCACGCACUUGACGAGCGCUCGGCCAGCAAGGAGUAGGGAUGCUGGACCCUGGAGCGUGCCUGCCGCCCUGGCCACUGGCGUCACGGCCUGGGUGCUCCGACCGCACAUCACUUUGUGCAGGGCCUGGAGGGCAAAACUGGAAAAGAGGGGCCUGAA